ACUGACUAUUCGUAACAAAACAACAGACGAGAAAGUACCGUUUUCACACCGAGCGCGAGUGUCUGCAUAGAAAUAGAAAUUUUAUAGCUUUCUGCUGGAAAGGAAUCGCGAUUUGGUGCCAGAUAUUAGAUCCGUGGUUUUCGAAAUGUACAAAGCUUAGUUGGAGCGCCGAACGAACUGGACAAUAACACAGAGCUAAGAUGCGCAGCUGAUGGAGAAAAGCCCCGACCACUUCUAGCUUGGUGUGUGUGGGAAAAAUCGAUCCGCCAAAGCCAAACGAGAAAACCGAGGAGAAAUGCCAGCCUAACACCGAGUUCCAAUUGUGAUACAAACCGCAGUACAAAUUAGUUAACGUAGCUUAAAUGGCAAUCGACAAGGUUUUAUAGCGAACUAUAAGCGUAUAAAAGACCAAGCAACCACUACAACAACAACUAUUCACUUAUUCUCAAGUGCAAUAAGAAAGGCCAAAAUUCGCAAUUAAAUAAAAGUUCAUCUCAACAUUCCUGCGCAACAUAAACACAACAAAAUGGCUGUAAUAACGUACUAGGCCAGCCCUCACAAUGUCUGUCCCUGUACGCUACUCUGCUGCCGCCGAAUACGCCGCCGACGUUGAUUGUGAGUUGGAGCAACAGGAGCAAGAGCGAUUGCAAUUGCAGCUGCAACAGCAGUACCAGUACGAGCAAUACCAGCAGUACCAGUACCAACGGGAGCAGGACAUCGCCUACUAUUGCCAGUUGCAGGCGGCGCGGCAGCAGGAGCAGUUGAUGCAGCAGAGGACAUCGAUGUCGUCGUCGGUUAUGCCAGGACUCGCCUUGCCCCAGACCCAGGACCACCACAACAGCAUCAGCACCACCGCCGCACUAGCCACCAUUGACUCCGGGAUCGCAAGCAGCCACAGCGGCGAAAUCAUCAUGGACGCCAACAGCAUCAACGCCAUCCUGGUCGACGACGAGCAACCCUCGACCUCGGCCCAGGCUGCAGCCGCUGCUGCUGCCGCUUCCGCGUCGUCGGUCGCUGCUGGAGGAGUGCUGGGGGCAACCGGUGGUGCUGCUGGUCUAGCUGGGGGCAAGCUGUCGUCCAACGGCAUUAACCACAAUGCAGAGAUGCCAGCUGAUUGGAUGAGGAUUGCGGACGAGGGCCGGUAUGGGACACCGGGUGCUGCUGGCUUGGAAUAUCAGAAGUACGAUCAACAACAACAACAACUGGAGGACGAGGAGGCAGGUGCCGUCGGCGGUGCAGGAGCCACCAACACCAACGAGUCCAAGAAACUGGAGGAGCUGCACGCCCUCACCUCCGACGAGCUGUACGAGACCCUCAAGGAGUACGACGCCCUGCAGGACAAGUACCACACGGUGCUGCUGCUGCCCAAGGAAUCAAGGCGCGAGGUGACUGCCGGCGGACGAGAUGGGUCGGCUUACGUGCUGCGCUGCCUGAAGAUGUGGUACGAGCUGCCCUCCGACGUCCUGUUCUCGGCCAUGAGCCUGGUGGAUCGUUUCCUGGACCGCAUGGCCGUCAAGCCGAAGCACAUGGCCUGCAUGAGCGUCGCCUCCUUCCACCUGGCCAUCAAGCAGCUGGACCUGAAGCCCAUACCCGCCGAGGAUCUGGUUACAAUAUCUCAGUGUGGUUGUACCGCUGGCGACCUGGAACGCAUGGCCGGCGUGAUCGCCAACAAGCUGGGCGUCCAAAUGGGACAUGCACCGAUCACUUCCGUGAGCUACCUGCGCAUCUACUACGCCCUCUUCCGCAACCUGGCGAAGGAGAUCGGCGGCGACUUCUUCAAGUUCUACCAGCAGCUGAUCAAGCUGGAGGAGCUGGAGAACCGCCUCGAGAUCCUGCUGUGCGACGUGAAGACCACAGUGAUCACACCAUCGACCCUGGCCUUGGUGCUCAUCUGCCUGCACCUGGACUUCCACAUCAAGGAGUCCUACACCCGCGGUAGUCCCGAGCUGAAGCACGUAUUCGAGUACAUUCUCUUCCUGCAGCAGUACAUGAGGAUUCCUGAUCGCGUUUUCACCUGCGGCUUCAGCAUUGUCUCGGGCAUUCUGUCCCACUACAACGGCCAGAACAAGGCACCCUACAAGCAGCGGCUAGUCUGGAAGCUGUCCAGUCGCACGCUGCGUGUCCUGCGCCCGAUCAACCGAUUCUCAUCCGACCUGCCCACCAUUGAGGAAGGCAUCUCCAACGCCCUCGACGAUGGCCUCCGUUCAAGAACUGAGAGCGUUAGCUCCGAGGAGGAGGAGGACUGGCCGACUUCACCCAUUAUUCCAAUUUUCGAACAAUGUUAGUGUCCAGCGGCGGCCCGCCGCAGCAAGGACAUCAGCUGAAACUGGAGCAGCGGAACAAAAGAUGGCAGCAACCAGGCGCCCGCACGGCACACACCACGGCAUCCUGCCACCCUUCAGGCCAGACACAUAUCCCCGACGGAAGCGGACCUGGAGGAGAUCGGGAUCAUCGCAUGAGUACCAAGACGCAACUGUGUGUGUGUUCCGUGUGCGUGUGUGUGUGUAGUUGUGCUGGUUGAGUUAGUGUGUGUAUAUUUUGCUAAGGUGCAUCAUAAUUCUUUUGGCAUAUGUGCACAUAGGUGUGCAUUUGGUAGCGCUGGUUCUAACAUUUAAGGAAAUCUUGAAGAAUGUGGGUGCGGAGGGGCGGCGUGUUCAUAGCAACACCCCCUCCCUUCCCCCCUUUUGAUGAAGAAUUGCCAGGAAGUAGCGCCGAGUGGCGAUCGAGGCAAAUUAUUUUUUCAAUUUAUUUGCGGCAGACAAAAAAAUACGUGAAAAAAAAAACAAAAGCAAAAAAAAAUUUCAAAAAAAAAAAAAAUACAAAACGAAUGCUGCGGACCAUCAUACAAAAGAUUGAUGCCGUUCCGGAUCAUUAUUCGAGAUCAGUGAGAGAGAAUACGAUUUAAGAGUUGCGAGACCCACUACCGAAAUCCGAACAUCUGGAAUGGGACAGCAAUUUUUUGUUGGUUGCGCUUAAAACCGUAAAAAAAAAUUCAAAAAACCACAAAAGAAAAUCAUUUUCAAUCAGACCGCCUAACUAAUUAGUUGUAAACACUUUAUGUUCUCCAUGUUCGUCCUGCUCGUGUCAGUUAUGUAAAACCCCCGAAUCAAUGGACCCAAAAAAACUAUAACAAAAAUCAUAAAAAUUCAAAAAAAAAAAAAGUACAAACUUCUCUAUGUUUAGAACGACCUAAAAGAUAAGCAGAAAAUCAACAAAAAAAAAAAAACAAGGUCGAAUCAGAUUAAUCAGUAAUUUUAGCCGCGCUCAAAACAAAAAAAGUAUAAAACAAAUCACAGAAAAGAUAAAGUUAAUUCGCCGCCUAUAUCGACUAAGAACUCUUAACAAUAAUAAUAACAUUAAACCAAGAUGAAUCCACAAUAUUGUAGUGUGUGUCUAGUAGAUUUUUCUCUGAAUACCCAAUCAGAAAAGCUAAAGUUCAAUUUCCGCCCUAUAAGCAACAUCCGUGCAGAGUAUAAGGAAGACCUACCAUUACUGUACGAUGCUAAGUAAAUCUGUUAAUCAAACGAGUAUAUCACGGUGAUUUUUUACAUUUUACCAUUACCUUAUAUACACGAGAGCAAUUCUUCUUUUUUGUUAAAUAAUAUUAUUUAAUUUAUUAAAAAAAUUGUAAAAAAAACACACAAAAAUCAAUUAUUAUGUUGUACUUUAGUAAAUACCACUUAAAAUCUAGUUUAAAACCAACAACCAGCGAAUCAAACCCGCAGCCGCUAUAAGACAUCCAAAAAUCCGACAAUUCAAAAAAUUGAAGCGCGGCAACUUUGAGCAGAAAUUAUGAUGCAACAUUUAGCAAGAUGUACCAGGAAAGUUAAGCAGAAAGUUUAUUAGAGAGUGUGAGUGAGUGGAGAGCAUAGGAGGAAAGAAAAACAAAAUUAAAAAAGAACUACCGCAGAGCAAAAAAACAAUUUUAAAUUUCACAAAUUCAGAAUUAUACUUUCAUUUUUUAAAUUUAACCCGCUGGUGGGCUCUCGAGCUCUAUAUCAGCUAUGUGCAAACGAUCCCCGGCCCGGGGGUCGACUCUUUGUCUGUAAAUUUAAAUAAAAAUGCGCCCGCCAUUGUGCCCGCCACAAUGGCAGACCUUUUCAUGAAUAUUUACAACAAA